AUGGGUUCCAAAACGCCAGACGGUCGUCGGCACGGCCCCAAUGAGUCGCCCGCACACGCGACCAUUGAUGCCGUCAAUCCUCCCAAACAGGCCGCUGCGAUGGGCCUUAUCCCAGGCGCUCUCGAAGGGCAGGAUGAAGAUGGCGAUGACGACGACGACGAUGACGGCGGCAACCCCAGGUCCGACCUAAGCAAUACCAAGAAGAAGAGACGUAGAAAUAACAGAAGAAAGAAGAGCAAAAAGACAGCAUUCACAGCGCAGACCACUCCUCCAAGGGUUGAGCUUUCCCGCAUUUUCCAGGGUAAAGAGUAUCCCCAAGGCGAAAUCAAAGCCUAUGCUGGACGCGAUGAGAAUCUGCAGCGUACGACGGGCGAGGAACUUCGUCACGUGGCUCUCGUCAACGACGUGGACGACGAAUUCCUAAGUGAUUAUCGGCAGGCGGCCGAGGUGCAUCGUCAAGUCCGCCAGUACGCCCAGACGCUGAUCAAGCCCGGGAUUUCCAUGAGCAGGCUUGCUCAGGAGAUUGAAGAUGGCGUACGGGCACUGACUGGCCAUCAAGGCAUUGAGACGGGCGAUGCACUUAAAGCCGGAAUGGGAUUUCCAACGGGUCUCUGUAUCAACAACGUAGCCGCUCAUUGGACGCCCAACCCGGGAGCGAAGGAGGUCAUUCUUCAGUAUGACGAUGUCUUGUCCGUGGAUUUCGGAGUCCAUGUCAGCGGCCGGAUCGUCGACAGUGCUUUUACCGUCGCUUUCAACCCCGUCUACGAUAACCUCCUCGCUGCCGUCAAGGCAGCGACCAAUACCGGGCUCAAGGAAGCUGGAAUCGAUGCCAGGAUUUCCCAAGUGAGCGCGGCGAUCCAGGAAGUCAUGGAAAGCUACGAGGUCGAGCUCCAGGGGAAGACGAUUCCUGUCAAGGCCGUUCGGAACAUCACCGGCCACAACAUCCUGCGCUACCGCAUCCAUGGCGAGAAGCAGGUGCCAUUCGUCAAGACCACAAGCACACAGCGCAUGGAGGAGGGCGAAGUGUUUGCAAUCGAAACGUUUGGCACGACCGGUAAGGGGUACCUGGACGACGACGUCGGAGUCUAUGGCUAUUCACGCAACGAGCACGCUAGCAUCGCCGGACUCCAUCACGCCUCUGCGAAGUCGCUGUUGAAGAUGAUUGAUGCCAAUUUCGGCACAAUACCUUUCUCUCGGAGCUACCUUGAGCGCGUUGGGGCGAAGAAUUACCACCUGGGCAUGAGGACGCUCGUCGCCCGUGGCAUUGUUCAGUCGUAUGCGCCUCUGGUGGACGUCCCGGGGUCGUACGUUGCGCAAUUCGAGCAUACGGUCCUACUCCGCCCGACCUGCAAAGAAGUCAUCUCUCGAGGCGACGACUACUGAGAGAGACGUUUCAGACAGAUGAUGCAGAGAGGUUGAUUUCUUCUUUUCCGUUCAUCCCUUUUCUGGUUUUAUAGGCUUCAACGCCCCCGUCUUACAUUUGGGCUGGCUUUCAACAAGUCCUAAAUCUACGAAAAAUCAAACGACUUGCAAGCGCUUCACGGUCGUUCCGUGUACGUCCGGCUGGUUGCUCGGAGGUUCUACAAUUCAGAGCGUUUGUGGUAUAGUAGCCCUCGUUACAUUGGCCCUCAGAGUUUAGUAGCAGUGAUGUCCUAUCAUGUCUAAGUGGGACCCUGAGCUUGCUCCGACUCGUCAGAUUCCACAGUAUUACAGCAAUGGUCUAUAAAGUAAGCUCUGGUAGGGCCAAGCUAGUUCAUUUCCCGAAUGCUGUACUCCUACCGUGCAGAUGAGGGUGUUGCUGGUAUUGGGCAUCCCAUCCUCCAGCUACUACCAUCCCUCUACAAAGUCACUAGAAAUGG